AGAAAGAUCGACGAAAAUAGAGAGAAGUGUGUGUCUGUGUGUGUGUCUGUGUGUGUGUGAGAGAGAGAGAGCGAGAGAGAGAGAGAGAGGGAGGGAGGAAAAUAAGAGCCAUCAGUCCCAUCUAUCUGACUCUCAUACUAUUGGAUAUUAUUAUUUUAGGGGGGGAUCUCUUUAUUUCCUUCAUCUUGUAUUUUUCGCUCAUAUUUGGUCACAAGUUUGAUUUUUAGGUAAUUUUUUUUUCCAUUUUAGGAGAAUUCUCGCAUCGACUCUUGUUCUGCUGUUUCUAAUCCCCUUUCUCCGCUUGCUGCAUGGGACGACAGACAUCCGCGUUUAUAUCUGCUUUUAUUUAUUUAUUUAUUUAUUUUUGGUUUCGUCUCCGGACUAAAAUUCUCCGAUUUAUCAACCAACCGACCGACGGACCGGACCCGGCCGUGAGCCACCGUUUUACCUCCACAAACUCAAAGAGGACUUCACUCCUGCGCCUCCAGGAUUCAGUUUGUCUUCCUGUGCGCGUUUAUUAGAGCGGAGUUUUUAUAAAGGAAUAUAAAAAUAAAGGGUGGCAGCAGCUCGUGGAGGUUUCAGCCGGUCCGAGAGGAUGAAAUAGACUCGAUCAACAUGGUGCCAUUUUGGAGAUAAGUCUCCCUCUUUAAUUUCGUUUCUUUACACAUUCUUCUUCAUGGGACGGGCGGAAAAGUGAGACAUCAGGUUGAUUUUCUCCACCUCCUCACCCCCUCCGUGCCUCCCCUCACCUACCCCCCAGAAGUUAUGUCAAGGCCUCUUGCUCAGCUCUUACCGCCGGAUCUCCCUGCCGGGGCCACCAGUCCCCAGUUUGGGGGCAGCAACCCGGCUGGAAGUGGCCCCCAAGGUGGACACCUAACCUCCAUGACCAACCUGAAGUCCCUGCUCCAGCUGCCAAUCAAGGCCGACCAGAGAGGCACCAAGGACUGCAGCGAGAUGAAAGACAAAGACAAGCCCCUGGACUCUGAUGAAGACUCACUGGGUGUCAAUGCCAGUGGGCCUGGUGGGCCCGUUGGGUUGGGAGGAACCCCUGGGCCUGGCGCGUUGCGGCCCAACUCCCAGUCGGCCUUCCUGGGCCCGCUGCUGUGGGAGAGGACCCUGCCGUGUGAUGGAGGUCUGUUCCAGCUGCAGUACAUGGACCUGGAGGAGUUCCUGACUGAGAACGGGAUGGGGAUGCACAGCAAUGGACCCAGCUCCACAAGCGCCCAGAUCCCUUCCCAGAGCUCCCAGUCGGCGGUGCCCAACCAGAGCUCCCAGUGCCCGCCCACCUCUCCUCCACCCUGCUCCUCCUCUUCCUCCUCCAUGUCCUCCUCAUCUUCCUCUUCCUCGCUGCUGGGACUGGAGACAGUCCAGCCACAACCGCCGCCACAACCACCACCUCAGCAGCAGCAGCAGCAGCAGCAGCAGCAGCAGCAAGCCAUGAUGGGAGGACCUGAAUGUCUACAUGGCGGUCAGGCAGUGCCUCAGGACCCGUCACCCACUUCCACUUGCCCUCCGGGACCCCCUGGACCUCCGGCGGUUGCCAAUGGUGGUAGUGACAUCAUGGUGAACUUUGACCCCGACCCAGCGGACCUGGCACUGUCCAGCGUCCCGGGCCAGGAGGCAUUUGACCCGCGGCGGCACCGGUUCUCCGACGAGGAGCUGAAACCCCAACCGAUGAUCAAGAAGGCCCGCAAGAUGCUGGUCCCCAAUGAGCAGAAGGAUGAGAAGUACUGGAGCCGGCGCGUCAAGAACAACGAGGCGGCGAAACGCUCGCGGGACGCCCGCCGGCUGAAAGAGAACCAGAUCUCUGUGCGUGCUGCCUUCCUGGAGCGGGAGAACGCCGCCCUGCGCCAGGAGGUGGCCGACAUGAGGAAAGAGCUGGGCCGCUGCAGGAACAUCAUCAACAAGUACGAGAGCCGACAUGGAGACUUGUGAGGUGGAGGAGAAAGAAGAUGACGAUGAAGGAGGAAGGGGCGGGAGGGGAGGAGGAAAUGAGAAAAGGGUACAAGGCAACCCAACAACAGCAGCACUUUAGUUGAAGUGGCGAGGGGAUAAGCCGACGUAGAUCUGCAGUAAGCGCUGUGCGACACCGGGCGCAAACACAAAAAGUGUGUUUUAGUGCACGCGUUGUGCUUCAGGAUGGCAUGACAGGAAAGCACAGCAACGCCAUUUUUUCCAGUUUGACUCUCUUUGUACAUGCUGCUUCGUUGAAUCCACACAACGUAGGCCUACUGUAUCACCUUGUGUCACCUCGGCAGCUUACGUCACCCUCGGUGCUGUGCUUACGGCCGGUGUUGUACUGCGUUUCUGCAGGUAGUGCGUUCAGGCCGCUGCUCCGGCCAAUUCAAACAGUGUGUUGAAUUCACAUUAUGCCAGUGAAAUCUCACUUUCUAAGCUCAAGGCAUGGAUACAAGCCAGGAGAGGUCAGAUGUGUAAUUUUUUUCUAUAAAUAGGACAAAAAACAUGUAUAUUUUUGAACUGGGCAGGAAGGCAAGACUAGUCCAGCAAAGAGGAGAGGGAGGAGGAGGAAGAAGAGGUGCAGGGAUUUCGUCCACAACGCAAAGAGAUUUUGACAUAGGAUUAUUGUAUAUUUUUCUAUUAGCAGAGAUAGUCAGGAGGAGGAUUUUGGAGAUAAUCUUUUGUAUAUUUUAUAUAUGGGGCGGGGAGGGGUUGUUAGCUGGACAGUCAAUGGGGCCACAAGCAGCGCUUUUCCUCCCAGCUGUUGAUCGCUAAACAACAAAUAAUCUAUUUUCAAUUUCACAGAGCUGGUUGGUCGGAGGCAGAGGCGUAACAGAGAAUGUAUCACGGUUGAAUCAGGUAUUUCACAAGGUGUGAUGGAGAGAAGCGGUAUCUUAGUAACGAUUGUUUAUGGCGCAGGUGGGGGGGGGGUGGAAGACGGUGAAACAAAAAUUGUAUAGUUUUAAGAAAUGUUUGUGUUCGUUUUGUUUUCUUUGUAGGCUUGUUCAAGCACUUGAUUUGUUAUCUUCUAUUUGAUUCUGUGUCUGAUUUAAAAAAUAAUCGCAGGGCUUUUAUUGUUGAUGGCGAAGGAGAAAAAGAGAGAGGAAAACAGGAGGUAAUUAGCCAUCAGAACAGCUGGAUGUGAGCAGAUGUUUGAAAAUAAAUGAGUUGGGAGAAUUUCGCUGGCAGGUUUGCAUUUAGUUUGGUGAACGCGUCUUGCUCGCUCACACUAGAACACAUAGGCCUAAUUUGUUAACAAUAACACAACGUGGUUGCAGUCUUUGUCUCUCUAUUUGCUCCUCGAUUUGUCCAGGAAGUGCAAAAAUGAAAUACUAACUGGUUUAGGGUUGAUUUGCCCAGAUUGAACAGUGACUGAAACCUUCAGCAUGCAGGCACACUACAUGGACACACACAGUCCUCACCCAGGUUUUAACCCUUAUUGUUGUUGUUGAUGUUGUUAUGGACUUCUAUGGUGCUGAUCGGAUCUGAUCCUUCACCUGACACACACACACACACACACACACACACACACACACACACACACACACAAAUCAUAUGUGCACAUAUAUGCAAACAUACACUUCCACCAUCUCAAACACCGUACUGAACUGCCUAUACCCUUUCUUUGUCUUUUAUUCCUUCUUUAUAGUUUAUUUUUUCUUUCUUUUGUUGCAUAUUGCAUUGAUAAAUCAUAUAUAGAUUUACACACAAACACUUGUCUAUACCUCUCCUUCAAACUUUACCCAAUGAGAAUCGAGAAAUGCACCCUAUUGCUACUGUACCAUACAACUGUACUAUUGAAUAUUAAACUAUUCUCUCACUAGAUAUAUAUGUAUAUGAUAUAUGCUUGAAUUAUGUGAUUAUAGUUGUAAUAUACAUAAUUGAAUAUAUUACAGAGAAACCCAUCUGAAUCAUUUUGUCAGUUUUUUCUCAGGUGUUUUUGUCUGAGGUAUUAAAUACACAUAUUAAAAAAACACACAAAAAAAAGUCUUUGAUUUGAGAAUUAGUGAUUUUUUUUUGUUUUUUUUGGGGGGGGGGGUAUUUUUCUUGUUGCAAGAGCUGUUGUGUUUUACUGUUAUGAUUCUGUUACACCAUUUUAUUCUCACUCGGGGGGAAAAUGUUCUCUGACCAACUCACUGUUCGCUAAGCCCCGCCCCCCCUUAGUUAAUGCUGCUAUGCCCGUCAAGCUUUGCAUUCUAGAUACUUCAGUUUACCUCAACAACAGCGGUAAAUUACCACUCAUAAUUAUUUGCUCAUCAAUUGGUCCUUGAUUUUUUACAGAAGUAGAAAAGCAGAUUAUUUAUUUCUAGUCCAAAACCUCUAUUUUACCUGUUGAAACAACAGCUGGCAGAUUUUAUUAGCUGUUUCUAGCUAACUAGCAACUCCAUUGCUGUAUCCAAAAACAAUCCUUUGUUCACUCCUCCACUACUCUAUACAUAAUAGACACUCAAUGGUUUACUCAAUUGUGAGCAGUAAACUGAGUGAAUCAUCGCCAUUUUGCGUCAUCACUGACAGCUGUCACACAAAGUUAAUUUCUAUAAAAUGCGACACAUUGAAAGUGUAGCCUGCCACACAUUUUUUUCUGUUCCGUUGUGCAAAUUUCUGAGGGCUGUAAAGAGCACGUUGUCAUUAAAUAUAGUACACAGUAUAGGUAAUAGGACUUGCUUUUGAACUCAGUUGUAGAGAGCAGUGGCAGAUUUACCACUUUAAAUUCAUUCAAAAUUUAAAUUUGUUCAAAAUUAAGAGACUGGGUUUCUGGCUACUACUAUGAAAACGAGCAAAAGGGUCUUAAAUAUGCAUUUAUUUUACAUGACAUUACAUCAUGUAAAUGUAAUGCUGUGUCAUGAAGCAGAAGAGACACAGGCAAAUUACUGGAUGAAUCCUGCUAGUGUUUCCAGUUGAGCUCCCCUGAAGACCUCUGUAAAAGGGAUCACAAAUAUGCGCUGAUGGCUACAUAAAGGAUAUCAUGCUAAAGUUCUGAGGCUCCAUGUCCCAGGCAAAAAGUCAGCACGCUCUCCAGUUGAUCCCUGUUGAAGCAAGUUGUUCAAGCAGUAUUGUUCUUGUUUGCAACCCAUGGGUUCGACUGUGUGAUGUAAACUCUCAAAUUCAAUAACGACCAGGAGAGAGCUGCUAAAAUUAGCAUACAUUCUGACUAGUUUUACAAUGAAUUCUAUAGAGUGGAGGUCAAUUUCAAAUGGGGCAAGUGACCUGUAACCCCACACAGUAAUGUAAUUUGCUGAUGACAUGUUAACUCUUGGCCUUGGCAGUAAGAACACUUGAUUUAGUUAGCCAUGCAUGCUAAUGUUUGUAGCUUAGCGUUAGGGCAGACAGACACAGUUUCAUCCAUUUCUUACAUUUUAGCUUUUGUGUUUUCAAGAUAGAACCCCUGAAAUACUUUAAAUGCAGAGUAUCGCUCUUACUUCAACCUUGUGCACACCUCUUCAGUAUGCUGAAAAAUCCAAAGCUUGACAGAGGGAUGGUCUGCAACUUACAGUUUUUAAGAUAUGAUUGGACAAUCACUGUGGGGGAGGGGUUUAGUGAACGGUUAAUUUAGUGCUGUCUUGUCUUUAUUUACAGAUGGCGACUGAAAUCUUAUUUAAAAAAGAAACUAAAGUUCUUGUUACCUGCUAUACAGCCAUCGUUGCUAGUAUUAUAAUUACUGUUGUUGAUGCUAUAAAAUUCUUUUCAGUUGUUUCAUGCAACAGCUUGUUUUCUUCAGGGGAAGCUGUGAUUUGAUUCUCAUGUAAAUCCCCUUUUAAUUCCCAAGAACAACUUUCACUUGAUCCGCUGUUUGCUGUUGUCACCGUCCACAGAGACUUAAGUGAACUCCAGGUGUAUUAUGGGAGCCGUAGUUCUAACCUUGAUAAUAUAUACCCCCCCUUCUGGUCUUUUUCCUUUUUUGGGAAUAGGUUUAAACCUAUAGAGUCUAUGGUUUAAACCUGAUACACAGACACAAACGUCUGAAUUUAAAUCCCUGGAAGAAAAGUCUCAGAGCUUCUUAUGCUUUUGUCUGUUGAUGGAAGAAGAAAGCUACGUGUUUUUUUCUUUUUGAUAUCUGGGAUUUUUGGAUUUCUUCACAGACGUUUCAGAAACUUUUUCACAGUGCUAUUUUUCUAUGUAACUGUGUUGAGCGUGUUACAACUUUUUCCUGUGGGCGUUUGAGGCCCACUCUUCACGUGACGGCAGUGACAGUUUGCUGCUGUACGAUGAAACAGCAUUGCGGGUAUUAAUGACAACAAUAAUAAUGAUGAUAACAAUCAUGUACACAGCCUUGUUAUUUCUCCUUCAAUUUUGUGGAUUUUCAACUAACUUCUCCAUAUUGUGACUGUUAUGAACUAUAAGUCUCAUGAGCUCGCCACUAUCCCAACUCCUCACAAGUAUUGUGUGAUGUCCACAGGGAUGAUGGCAUAUGUGGUCUGGCUUUUUUCCCCUCCAAUCACCAAUAAAGGCUUAUCCUUACUCACCAA